AUGUCCCGAGCGCUCGCGCGCAUGUUCGAACCGUGGCUCGACGCGUUGUCCAAGUCGUACAAGGCGCAGGUCGGGAACGAACUCCGAAAAGUUGGCCUGCGGUACGACGAUCUCCUGGACGAGGGCCAAGAUCUGGACGUCGGUGAGGCGCUGAAACGGCUGACGCCGGAGGCGCGGGACAUGCGGGCGCAGCGGUUGAAGCGCGCGAUUGAUCUCUCGAUGAAGCACGCGUAUUUGUCCAAGGAAGAGCAGGCGCUGCAGACGCCGUUUGAUUUUUAUCUGACGCCGAUCGUGGCGCAGGUGAAGCGGGAGCGCGCGGAGCGCGCGGCGCUGGGCCAAGGACAGCCGUAUAACAGACAGAUCCCGUAG